GUUUUUUUUCCCCCUUGAAUUCUCCUCCUGUGACCAGCCCCAGACACCCGCUCCGAUCGUCGUACCUGCCGAUCAUGAAGUUCCCUGUUCUCACUGCAGCUGCCGCGGGACUGGCCAGCGCGGCCUCGCUGCCCUCGUCGUUCCAGGAGCUGGAAGCGGACGUUGCGUCGGUGGCCGCCCGGGCGGUGGCCAACUACAUCCAGCGCGACCUGCCCAACGCCCCCGAUGGCUACACGCCCACCAACGUCACUUGUCCCUCCCCGCGCCCGACCAUCCGCGAGGCCAACGCCCUCUCCACCAACGAGACCGACUGGCUCGAGAUCCGCCGCAAUGUCACCCUCGCCCCCAUGAAGGAUCUGCUCACCCGCCUGAACCUGACCGGCUUCGACACCACCUCCUACAUCGACGCCCACUCCAGCAACAUCUCCAACAUCCCCAACAUCGCCAUCGCCGCCUCGGGCGGUGGCUACCGGGCCCUGACCAACGGCGCCGGUGGGCUCAAGGCCUUCGACAGCCGCGUCACCAAUACCACCAACGCCGGACAGCUGGGCGGCCUGCUGCAGUCGGCCACCUACGUGGCCGGUCUCAGUGGUGGCAGCUGGCUGGUCGGGUCGAUGUUCGUGAACAACUUCAGCUCCAUCGCCGAGCUGCAGGCCAGCAACAAGGUCUGGAACUUCGACAAGAGCCUCCUCGAGGGCCCCGACUACGACGACAUCCAGAUCGUCAGCACGGUCGAGUACUGGAAGGACAUCACCGAGCAGGUCGCCGGCAAGGCCGACGCCGGCUUCAACACCUCCUUCACCGACUACUGGGGCCGCGCGCUGUCCUACCAGCUGGUCAACUCCUCCGACGAGGACGGUGGCCCCAGCUACACCUGGUCCUCCAUCGCCCUGAUGGACGACUUCAAGGCCGGCGCGUACCCCAUGCCGCUGGUCGUCGCCGACGGGCGCAACCCCAACGAGUACAUCAUCACGGACAAUGCCACCGUGUACGAGGUCAACCCCUGGGAGUUUGGCUCGUUCGACCCCACCGUCUAUGCCUUCGCCCCGCUGCAGUACCUGGGCUCGCGGUUUGUGAACGGCACGGUGGCCGACAACGCCAGCUGCGUCCGCGGCUUUGACAACGCCGGGUUCAUCAUGGGCUCGUCGUCGACGCUGUUCAACGAGUUCCUGCUGGAUAUCAACACCACCAGCAUCCCGACCAUCCUCAAGGAGGCCCUGACCGACAUCCUCGACGACCUGGGCGAGCGCAACGACGACAUCGCCAUCUACUCGCCCAACCCCUUCUACGACUACCGCGACAGCAGCGAGACCUACGCGACGACCAAGGACCUGAACGUGGUCGACGGCGGCGAGGACGGCGAGAACAUCCCCCUGCAGCCGCUGAUCCAGCCGGAGCGCGCGGUGGACGUGAUCUUCGCGAUCGACUCGUCGGCCGACACGGACUACUACUGGCCCAACGGCACGUCGCUGGUGGCCACCUACGAGCGCAGCCUCGACCGCACGGGCAUCGCCAACGGCACGGCUUUCCCGGCCAUCCCGGACCAGAACACCUUCGUCAACCUGGGCCUCAACAGCCGUCCGAGCUUCUUCGGCUGCGACCCCAAGAACAUCUCCGGCAAGGCGCCCCUGGUCAUCUACCUCCCCAACUCGCCCUACACCUACGACUCCAACUUCUCGACCUUCACGCUCACCUACACCGACGAGGAGCGUGACUCCGUCAUCACCAACGGCUGGAACGUCGUCACGCGCGGCAACGGCACCGUCGACGAGAACUUCCCUCAGUGCGUCGCCUGCGCCAUCCUGCAGCGCUCCACCUACCGCACCAACACCUCCCUGCCCACCAUCUGCACCACCUGCUUCACCGAUUACUGCUGGAACGGCACCCUCAACAGCACCGAUCCGAGGGAAUACAACCCCAGCAUCCUGAUCGCCUCCAGCGGCGCGCUGAAGACCGUGGCGGAUUACUCGGUGGUCGUGCUGGCGUCCGUGCUGGCGCUGUUCUGGGCGCUGUAGACGUGAUGCGAUGCGAUGUGAUGUGAUGUAGAUGUAGAUGGUCAUGUUUUGGUUUUGGUUUGGGAAAUGUUUUCUUCGGGUACAUAUGAGGUGUAUAUUUUUUUUUCUUUUGUCGCAUGUGAUGAUCGCAUAAUAGCAUAAACGCGUGAAUGAGAUGCAUGAUGUUAAUAA